AUGGCGAUGCUGCUGCUGCUGCUGCUGCCUCUACUCGUGACUGCUAUGUAUGCAUGGAUACAAUUCAGCAGGCAACGCAUGGCAGCCAGCAGUCCGACACCGCAGCUGGUCGCAAUGCCGAAGCAAGAGAGACAGACGGAUCGCAGCAACGCGAACAGAAGAAGUGCAGGUCCGCCUGUUCGCAGACCAUCCACCAUCUCCACCACCUCCUCGGGCGGCAAAAGCUCAACCAUGUCGCGCUUGAGCGUGUACGACGACGACGACGACGAUGAUGAUGAUGAUGAGGAGGAGGAGGAGGUGGAGCUAGGAGAGAAUGCAGAGGGCAACUUUCGCCGAAGAACAGGUAGGAGACGUAGGAGCGCAACGACGCAGCAGACGGAAGAUAGCGAGGUGGACUCGGAAGCCGAAGAGACUUUUACGCCGUUCGCUCCGGCUUCUAUGCCGCCUGCUCUGGUCAAACCGACAGCUAGAGCAGGAGGCACGACGCUCAGCUUUGCCAGAAGCGCUAGCGAUGGAUCUGACUUUUACAAUCAGCUAGAAGCGGAGAAGGAGAGGAGCGCGGGUGCGGGUGCUGAUCAAACACCCAGGAUACCUGCUGCUGCCGAGAGCGUAUCGCACAGCACCAGCGACAGGCAUUUGAGCCUUGGUGACGCGAUCCUUCUCUCUGGUGCACCUGCAGCGAUCACCCAUCAAUGA